AGCCGAGGAUUGAACCUGCGACCAAAUUAAGACUCAAAAUCCCCCCAGACUGAAUUAUAACAUUCCCAACAGCACAGGGGUUAAAAGUAAACCGAAUGUAUGAUGAAUUUCAAACCAACUUCACCGUCGUGAUUAACUUGCAUUCAUUUCACAAUAUUCACAAAAUCAUUUCACAAUUUUUGUACGUUACCGCUAACGUUGAGUUAAAUACGUGAAAGCUAGCGUCAACGGAAGUCUCGCACAUUUAAAUUUCAAAUGCGGUGAGAAAGAAAAUGAGGUUUAUGAAACAAAUUGAACUUAAUACUGACAAUAAAGGUAGAACCACUGUAAAAACGCUAUCUCACCUGUAGAUGGCAGGAAACACACACAUAUGAUUGAAUCUACGUUGCUCGCAGCGUGAGCGCCGCCUGAAGGAGGGAGCGGAAGUGCUCCAGGAAUCAACAUUUUACUGCUGCUGCUGGAGGAAACGUGCGGUUUGUUUGCUGGUCUGUUAGUUUGUGUUUAGUCCUCGCGCCACGUCUGCUUGCUGCAUUUCCAGAUCAUAUGUUUUUGCAUAUUAUCUUUUGUUUGGACACCUCGUGAAACUUAAUGGAGUUUGAACACAGUCAGCUGUUUCAUUCACGAAGACUUUAGUAAAUGGCACUGAGGAGGACUGCUGCCUGAAUGGUAAAAAUGGCUGCCGAUAUGUUAUUGAUGAGGGGAAUCAACCGAUUUAGAAAUAUCAGAUUUAGAGGACGUCAAAAACAAGUCAGUUUUCUCACACCUCAACUAAGAGGACAGGUCAGCUGCGGUCACCAAACUGCACUCAGUUUUAGUGGCGUUAUGGGUGUUUUUGGAAGUGACCAACAUCUGUCAAGGCUAUUUGGAAAGAUUCAUCCAGAUCAACAGCACAUUUACAGUCAGAUCGGUUUCUUCCACCAGGAUCACAGAUAUUACAGCGCACUGAAAAAAGAAGGGGUCAAAGGGGUUAAAGCAGAUUCCAGAAAACACAACCAAAAGCUCAGUGAAAGUGCAAGAGAGAGAAAAAUGCCAGUCACAAGGAUUGGAAGAUUGGUGAACUUUGGAGGAUUAGCUGUUGGCCUGGGCAUUGGAGCCAUCGCUGAAGUGGCCAAGAAAAGUUUUGCAUCUCGAGAUAAUUCAGGACAGAAAAAAGCCAUUCUUGACUCCAAUCCAUUUAUAUCUGAAGCCAACGCUGAAAGGAUUGUUCGGACGCUGUGCAAAGUGAGAGGAGCGGCUCUUAAACUGGGACAGAUGCUCAGUAUUCAGGAUGAUGCUUUUAUAAACCCUCAGCUUGCCAAGAUCUUCGAGCGGGUUCGACAGAGCGCCGACUUCAUGCCUGCCAAGCAAACGAUGAAAAUGGUUGUCAGUGAUCUGGGUCCAAACUGGCAGGAUCAUCUGGAGUAUUUCGAGGAGCGUCCAUUUGCAGCGGCGUCUAUCGGACAGGUUCAUCUCGCCCGCAUGAAGGACGGCAGAGAAGUGGCCAUGAAAAUCCAGUAUCCAGGAGUGGCGAAGAGCAUCAGCAGCGACAUCAACAACCUGCUGACUCUCCUCAGCAUCAGCCAUGCUCUGCCUGAAGGUCUGUUUCCUGAGCAUCUGAUUGAGGUCAUGAGCAGAGAACUGGCCCUCGAGUGUGAUUAUAUUCGGGAGGCCAAAUGUGCCAAAAAAUUCCAGCAGCUACUGAAGGGUCAUCCAUUUUUCUCAGUGCCAAAUGUUGUGGAUGAACUGAGCAGUAAACACGUCCUCACCACAGAGCUGGUGUCCGGUUUCCCUCUGGAUAAAGCUGAAGAUCUGCCACAGGAGCUCAAGAAUGAGAUCUGUGAGCAGAUCCUGAUCCUGUGUUUGCGUGAGCUUUUCGAGUUUCGAUAUAUGCAGACAGAUCCAAACUGGUCCAAUUUCUUCUUCGACCCUCAAACACACAAGGUCGCGCUGUUGGACUUUGGAGCCACGAGAGGCUUCGAUGCAAGUUUUACAGAUACAUAUAUUGAGAUUAUCAAGGCUGCUGCAGACAGGAACAGAGAGGGAGUUUUACAACGCUCGAUUGAUAUGAAAUUUCUGACCGGAUACGAGUCAAAGUCGAUGGUGAAUGCUCACGUGGAUGCGGUGAUGAUCCUCGGCGAAGCGUUUUCAUCAGACGAGCCGUUUGAUUUUGGAUCUCAGAGUACGACUGAACGGAUCCACCGUCUGAUUCCAGUGAUGCUGAAGGAGCGUCUGACUCCACCGCCGGAGGAAACCUACUCUCUGCAUCGCAAAAUGGGAGGAUCCUUCCUUAUCUGCUCCCGUCUGAAGGCCCAGAUCUGCUGCAAGAACAUGUUUCAGGAGGCCUACGCCAAAUACUGGAGAGAGAGACACAAGGAAACCGCUCAAUGAACAGUGCACAUGUAGCAGACUCCAAAACUAUCAAAGACAUUACUCUGAAAUGAGGAGUAUGCACUUGGUUUGACCUUUUCUUCUUUCUUUACUGCGUCAUUUGGUGCUGAUGAAUUGAUAUAUACUUCAAUAAUGUCAUUUAAGAGAAUGUGAAACUGUGGUCACCCAAAAAUGAAAAUGGAAUUACUAUUUAGUCUUCCUCAAGUGAUUUCAAACCAUUUUUGGUGUCUUUUUUUUUUGUUGAACACAAAAGAAGAUAUUUUGAAAAAUGGUUGAAACCUGUAACCGUUGACAUCCAAAGUAGGAAAAACUAAUUCUAUGGAAGUCAAUGUUUUCAGCAUUUUUCAAAAUAUCUUCUUGUGUGUUCAACAGAAAAAAUGACAAGACAGAGUAGGGUGAGUAAAUGAUGAGAGAAUUUUCAGUUUUGGGUGAACUGUACUUUUUAAGACUGGUGGUUUGCUUUCAAAAGUUUUGCAUGUAAAAUGUUGCAGAUCUAAAUUUGUAGAACAUAAUUAAAGUAUCACCUAAAAUCAAGAUGACGGGAGACAAUCAAUGAUAUUUUUAUCUGUAAUAAAAAUGUCAACAUCUUUGCAUUAAUCACAAAUCGUGUUCAAGUUUAUGAAGAGUUGAUAAUUAAAUGCACUUUGCAGAAAUUUCUGGGGAAUAUCUGUUGACUUUGCAGAACCUAAUUGAAAAUAUGACAGGUAUAUACAUAUUCAAGAUGAUGUCAGACAUCAAUAAAUGAAAGUAUCAAAUAUUUUAACUCCUUAAGAACUAAAUCAGAGGAAAUCUAACAAACUGAACAAAGUGCACCACAUUUGGGUUUCUUUUUUAUAUGGUAAAGCAGGGGUGUCCAAACUCAGUCCUGGAGGGGCAGUGUCUUGAAUAGUUAAACUCCAACUUGCUCCAACACACCUGCCUGGAAGUCUAGUAUACCUAGAAAGAGCUUGAUUAGCUGGUUCAGAUGUGUUUAAUAGGGGCUGGAACUAAAAUAUGCAGGACACCGGCCCUCCAGGACAGAGUUUGGACACCCCUGCCUUAAAGGAACUUUGACAAAUCUAGCUAGCAUGUUUUCAACUGCCACAAGGCUGCAAAAAGUGCUUUACAGAGAAAAAAUAAACUAACGACAUGGGCAUAAAAACAGUAAAAGCAAUAGGCACAUAAUUAGAAAGAACAAAGAAAAUAU